UCUAAAGCAAAUGGACCUCCACCUACAAACUACAUGCUCUCCAAAACCAAAACAUAAUGCUAGGCACGUCUGCCACGCGGACAACAAAACCCCUUCCCUCCUUAUUUAAACCAAACCACCACAACCCUGCUUCCCGCCAAGCUGCAACUCUGCUUUCCCCAACCACAAAGCAGAGGAGCCAGCCAGCCAGCCAGCCAUGCCAUCCUUCAGCUCCUAUGGCAUCAUCUCAGAGCAAGACCAACUCGGCUCCGGCCGACGCAAGUCCCGUAAUCGCCUCGCCAUCAUAUCCCUCUCAUCCAUUGUCCUCAUUGCCAUUAUCACUGUCGCCAUCCUCGCUAGCAAUCACGGCUCCGACACAGCUGCUGCUGCCGUCACCUCCGACUCUUCCCUCCAGGCAUCAGUCAAAGCCAUGUGCUCCACCACCCUCUAUCCCGACUCAUGCUACACCUCCCUCGUGCCGGUCGGUCGUCACCAACUCCGCUCCCUCGAUCCCACCGCGCUCUUCCGCAUAGCCGUUCAAGCAGCAAAAAACGCGAUUUCAAUCUCCUCAAAGCUUUUCGACGAUCCAAAAAUCAAGGAAGGGAUCAAAUCCUUCACAAUUUCUUCGAUCUCCGACUGCAGUCAACUCCUCUCGCUGGCUGCGGCCCACAUCGAAGACUGCACAGCCUCUCCUGCUAACUUCACUUCGGACAGCUUUGUCGACGAUCUCAAGACAUGGCUGAGCGCCGCCAUCACUGAUCAAGACACCUGCUUGGACGGAUUAGGAAAUGAUUUGGGGCAGCUCAAGGGGAAUAUCGCGGAGGCAAUGAAGAACUCGACGGAAAUCACAAGCAACAGCCUUUCCAUUUUAAACCAAAUCGCCGAUUUUGUCGGCUCCGUUGAUCUUCGGCGGCGGCGGCGUUUGAUGAAUUGGAUGUCAAAUGCUGACCGGAGGGUGUUAAAGAGCUCCGGUGAUUUGAAGUACAAUGCAAAUGUGGUGGUGGCGCGAGACGGGUCAGGGAAAUACAAGAGCAUAACAGCGGCGCUGGCCGAGGCGCCGAAGAAGAGCAGCAAGAAGUUUGUGAUAUAUGUGAAGAAGGGAGUGUACUAUGAAAACGUGAGGGUUGAGCAGAACAUGUGGAAUGUUGUUAUUGUUGGCGAUGGGAUGGACGCAACAAUGGUGUCCGGCAGACUGAAUUUCGUCGACGGGACGCCAACUUUCUCCUCUGCAACUUUCGCGGUUUUCGGCAAGGGUUUCAUCGCGAUAGACAUGGCGUUCCAGAACACAGCCGGGGCCAUAAAACAGCAGGCCGUCGCCGUCCUCGCCAGCGCCGAUCUCGUCACCUUCUACCGCUGCAAAUUCGACGGCUAUCAAGACACUCUCUACGCCCAUUCCCUCCGCCAAUUCUACCGCGAAUGCAACAUCUUCGGAACCGUCGAUUUCAUCUUCGGCAACGCCGCCUCCCUAUUCCAAUCCUGCAACAUUCUCCCUCGACUCCCUCUCCACGGCCAACAGGACACCAUCACCGCGCAGGGUAAGAUUGAUCCCAACCAGAACACCGGAAUCUCAAUCCACAACUGCACCAUUUGGCCUGCGGAGAACUUGACCUCCGUUUCUGUUUACCUCGGACGGCCGUGGAAGCCGUAUUCGACCACGGUGUUUAUGCGGUCGACGAUGGCUGGCAUUAUUAAUCCGGCGGGGUGGUUGCCGUGGCUGGGGACGGGGACUCCGGUGCCGGAUACGAUUUUUUAUUCGGAGUAUCAGAAUUUUGGGCCGGGAGCGAGCUUGAAGAAUAGGGUUAAGUGGAAGGGAUUGCGGGUGAUGGAUUCGAAGCAGGCUGCGAAGUUUACGCUUCCUGGAUUUAUAAAAGGGAGUUCUUGGAUUCCUAAAACCGAACUUGUUGGAUGA